ACUGCUGGGAAAAAGCUUGGAUUCCACCCACAGAGCAUCCAAGCGGACCUGCAGUCUAGGACCCCAAGCCUAGGGCAGCCUCGCAUCCUGGGAAUCUGCAGGGAUGACUCUGCUGGCCAACUGAGAGGCCCUGAGCUGGCAGGGCCACCUCGGGAUAUGAAUCCAUACAGCAAUGUGGAAAGUGCUGGUGGGUCCGAGUCGACACUGAGGAAGUUGUCUGUGACCUGUGGAUUUGGUUCUUUCCUACACAUCAUAGACAUGAAAGGCAUGACAACAAACCCUCUGAGAAUCAUCCCAGGCUGCUGAGCUAAGGCAUCCUGGCUCUGCAGAAAGCUGUGUGGCAGGAGGAGGUCAGCGAUGGCAUUCUGCCUCUUGAUGACCCUGUCUGCAGUGGCUGUCACCUGCUUCCCUCCAGAUCAUCCAGCUACUGGGGAGACUCGCAUCCCUGGUCCCCAUGUCUUACAGGCUUGGAACUCCAUCCAGAGGUAUCAGGCAAGAAACCUGGGGUUCUGGAGAGGCCAGGCAUGGCCCAGAAAUUCCACCUCAGUCUACGCUGAAAAGCUAGGACUUAGAAGACGAGUGGACAGAAAUAAGCGUUCACAGAGGGCCAAGAGAGACAUCACUUUGACAAGAGACCCAGCACUCAGUGCCCAGCAUCGUGUGCUCUUGAUGGAGGAUGAAGUCAGGGAUGCAGGAGCUGAAGCCCUGGACCACCUCAGACACGAUGCUACCACCCAGGAGACACAGAAUGAACUCAGCCUUAUCCCAGGAAGCAACCAGGCAACAUUACAGGCUUGGGGAGCUACCGCACCAGGGACCUUCCAGUCCCAUGUAGCAGAAGGUGGGGGUCCACUGCUGGCAGCUGAGGACAGAGUCUUGACUGGUGAGGAACAAGCAGGGGACGCCACCUCAGGCUCAAGGGCUCAUUGGUGGCCUGGCUCUGUUGGGGAGCUGCAGAGGUCCGUAUGGUGUAAUGCUAAGACUCCUGGCCUACUGUCCAGUAUCUUGACCAGGGGACAGAUUCCCCCAUGGUUCACUGAACAUGAUGUGCAGACCCUCCAGCUAUUGGCUCAGGGGAAGGUGGUGGGCAAAGCCAGGAUCCCCGCCCACGGACAGGUGUUGCAGGUUGGCUUCUCUGCUGAGGGUGCUCUCCAGGACACGUCUCCUCUUAGGCUCAGCCAGCUGUGCUCUCAAGGGUUCUGUGGCCUGAUCAAGAGACCUGGAGACCUGCUUGAGGUCCUCUCCUUCCAUGUGGACCGUGUGUUGGGGCUACGCAGGAGCCUGCCCACGGUGGCCCGGCGCUUCCACAGCCCCCUGUUGCCUUACCGCUACACGGAUGGUGGUGUGCGGCCUGUGGUCUGGUGGGCACAUGAUGUCCAGCAUCUGAGUGACCCAGAUGAAGAUCAGAACUCUCUGGCCUUGGGCUGGCUGCAGUAUCAGGCCCUGCUGGCACAGGACUGCAGCUGGCUAGGCCAGACUCCUUGCCUGGGCAUCCACCACACUGAGUGGGCACGCCUGGCACUCUUUGACUUCUUGCUGCAGGUCCAUGAUCGCCUGGAUCGUUACUGCUGUGGCUUCGAGCCUGAGCCCUCAGACCCCUGUGUGGAAGAAAGACUCCGAGAGAAAUGCCAGAACUCAGAUGAGCUGCGGCUGGUCCACAUCCUGGUCCGAAGCAGUGAUCCAUCUCACCUGGUGUACAUUGACAAUGCUGGAAACCUUCAGCAUCCCGAGGAAAAGCUGAACUUCCGGCUGCUGGAGGGCAUAGACAGGCUUCCCGAGGCUGCCGUGCAGGUUCUUGCCUCAGGGUGUCUACAGAACUUGCUGCUCAAGUCCUUGCAGAUGGAUCCGGUGUUCUGGGAGAGCCAAGGUGGGGCCCGUGGUCUGAAGCCGAUUCUCCGGACCCUGGAGAGGCGAGGGCAGGUCCUGCUGACACACAUCCGGAACCAUAACCUCACGCUCUUCAGGGAUGAGGACCCAUGAGCCCACCACUGCCCGUGGCCCUGCUGGAAGUUAGCCCCACGACACAAACCUGAACUGAUGUGAUCAUCCCAAUGGACUUACUACCCUGAGGACAGCUGACCAUCCUUAGGGAAAAUGGGAGAAGCUGGAGAAUGGAGAGCACAUGGAUUUCAUGGGAUGUUUCCUCUGCUGCAGAUGGUGGAGUGGUGUCAAUCUCACAUUCCUGUCUAGCUUCUUGGCUCUGGCCUUUAGCUUCCUUCUACCAAUAAAAAUGUAUUUUGUUUUGGUGA